CCUUCCAGUCCCUGCCUCUUGCCUUGUGCCCUUGGUGUGGGGCAGACACUCAGGGAAGACCUUUUACAUGGAUGAGUGGUGGCCUGUAUGGAGGAGUGAUAAGCAGUUAGGGUAUACUUUCCUCUAGAAAACUAGGGAUUGAGGGCAGAGAUCAUGUUUCUCUGCUGAACCGGAGAGGGUUACAAUGAAUACCCUAGGACCAUCACAGCUGAAUGGUGUGGGUCUCACUGUACUUCGGAUUCCUGGGGCUGUGUUCUGUGGUAACCGGCGGCUGCAUUCUCUUUCUGCACUGGAGGAAGAACUUGCGGCGGGAAGAGCGUGCCCAGGAGUGGGUGGAGGUGAUGAGGGCCGCCACGUUCACCUACAGCCCGCUGUUGUACUGGAUUAACAAGCGUCGGCAUUAUGGCAUGAACACAGCCAUCAACACGGGCCCUCCUCCUACUGUCACCAAGACCGAGACUGAGGUCCAGAAUGCAGAUCCUCUAUGGGAUUUGGACAUCCCCACGGGCAGGAACUCUGCUGCCCAAGACAGCAGCCCCAAGGUGGAGGCCCCUGCCCCGCUACGACCUCCGCUGCAGCCCCUACCUUCGCCAAUGCUGCGGUCCCACACCAGCUCCCCAGUCACGGUUCCCGUCUUCCAGGAGGUUCCCUUUGCCCUUUCCCUGUGCAACCUGCCCCCAAUGCUGAACCACUCAGUCUCCUACCCUUUGGACAUUUGUCCUGAAAGUAACGUCCACUUCCAUUCCCUCCCUGCUAUGGCCCAUGGAGACCACUGCUUCAGUGCCAAGCCUUUUGCUUCAGAAUUAUAGCCUCCUCUCAUUGAGGGUGGGAGCGGGAGUUAUCAGGGGCAGGGCAGGAAAAUGGUGCUAACCCCAGGAAGGUGGUAUUGACACAAAGGCCAGAGCCCAUCUGAAUGUCACAUUAUGAAAGACUGAAAAAAAGC